AACAUUUUUGAUGCGAAAAGUUGUGAAAUUUACGUCUCGACUGAUAAUUUGUUAUCACACGAGACGUUAGUAACUGAUUUUUGAUGGAUUUCACAUCGUCACGAUCUCGGAGCACGAAUUUUGGUACCAAAAACGAUGGCAAGUCAUAUUCAUCCGGCGGAAUCCUCAUCGAGCGUUACUGUCACACAAACUGUUGCUCCGACAGAUGAAGCAGAUACGAGUUCUGAGCCUGUUCUGCGUCUUCGUCUCCAAAAGCCCAAAAACGACAAAAAAGUACAAUGGACAACGGAAACUGUCGAUAACGAAGACAUGAACAAGAAAAAAUCAAAAUGUUGUUGUAUUUACGUUAAACCCCGUCAAUUUGGCGAAAGUUCAUCCGAGAGCGAAGACGAAUGCGAGCACUGUUUCGGGCAUGUUGAACUAAAGCGAAAGAAUAAAAAGAAACCCGGAGAUCCGGGAUCGUCUUCCAACGAUGGCAAUAAUGACGAAGGCCCCAUCUCAAAUUAGAAAUUAGUUUUAAAUUUUAUCAAAUAUAUUU